UUAAUUUCGAAACAAUUUGUGGUUUUUUUAAUCAGAAAUUGGGGUUUCCCUGUUGUCUAUAUAUUUACGGAAGGAUCAUAUUCAGUGUGUUUUCGUGGACCGUGUUAUCUUUCACCAAUCACAACUUUUCAUUUUUCAAUUUACAUCUUCGUUCUCUGUUUUCCUCCUUUUUUUUCUCCGAAAGCCCUUUCUUUUCUUCCUUGAUUACAUCCACGCGGUCAUGGAGGAAGUUAACGUUGUAGAAACUAAGGAUGGAACUGUUUCAGUAGCUUCUGCAUUUGCUGGUCACCAAGAAGCUGUGCAGGAUAGGGACCAUAAAUUUCUAAGAAAAGCAGUUGAAGAAGCAUACAAAGGAGUAGAUUCUGGACAUGGAGGUCCUUUUGGUGCUGUUAUAGUUUGCAAUGAUGAAGUAGUAGCUAGUUGUCACAACAUGGUUCUUAGUCAUACUGACCCAACCGCACAUGCAGAAGUUACAGCAAUAAGGGAGGCUUGUAAGAAGCUUAAGAAGAUAGAACUGUCAGAUUGUGAAAUAUAUGCUUCUUGUGAACCUUGCCCCAUGUGCUUUGGUGCAAUCCACCUUUCUCGAAUUAAGAGGUUGGUUUAUGGAGCCAAGGCCGAAGCAGCAAUUGCUAUUGGGUUCGAUGACUUUAUCGCAGAUGCAUUGCGAGGUACCGGAUUCUAUCAGAAAGCACAGCUGGAGAUCAAAAGAGCCGAUGGCAACGAGGCCAUGAUCGCGGAAGAGGUGUUCGAGAAAACGAAGGAAAAGUUCCGAAUGUAUUAGAUCUUUUUAAUUCAUUUCAUCACAUCUGAUUGAAAAUUGGCCAUUCCGGAUUGAUUGGCUUCAUUUAAAUUAUGGAAAUUGUUGAUAAAUAGAUUGGUUUCAUUUGGGAUGUAACAAUUUACAUGCUAGGAUUGGGAUUGUUUCUGUUGUACUACUAAUCUUCACACAGGAAGAUAUAUCAAAUGCAUUUCUUUACUUCUUUGCCAUCUCCAUUA